GAGCGGAAAGAAAGCCACAAACAAAACGCCGCACAAAUUUUAUUUUUAUUGCGUCUUCAGUCUUUUCUACAACCCUUUUUACGCGUUAAUCGUUUUUCUAAACUUUAUUUACACGUGCAGUGACUGUAGUUCAGAUCGCGGGUGUGAUAGUGGAAACGGGCGGCGUCGUACGAAUUUUGGCGGCGUUUAAGCCUCCUCCCUCUCGCCCACACUCUCCUGGUUUUUGGGGUUUGUUAUGAUAUUUGAAAAUCCCCAGAAAUGGCGCCAACAGUUCGAGCUGGGAAUGUUGUUCAGGCAAGUGAGACUCCAAAUUUUCGGAAAUCGAUGCGGAAUGUAACACCGAACGAAAGGUAUAGGCAGUUCAUAGCCCAGGCUCAGUCACGACGGUCGCGUACCAAAGCGAAGAAUUCGGAAGAUGCUUCCGAAGUGAUAAAUCUGGCGGCGGACUCGGAUGACGCAACGCUACCAACAACGCGUCACCAAGCGACCGCAGAGGCCUCGCCUGCUCGUGAAGAUCGUCACUCGAAUGUUACAAGACGCACGAAACCUGGCCGUGGUAGAAGCGUUCCGGCCAGCAAAAAGGAUGUAUCCGAACCCAUCGUCUUGAAAGACUGCUUCGUUCUGUUGACGGAUAUCACCAAAGCCACCUCGCUGGCCGAACGGCAACAGCAGCAAUUUCCGGUACUCGACAAAAAUGUCACAAAAUCGAGAACAAAAAGGAAACCGCCGAAUACGACAGUUCCGCCUGGUGUAUCGCCUCCAAAGAAACCGACCGAAGAGUCGAUUGUGGAGAUAAUACCGGAUCCUCCAGUUGAAUCCGCACCGGUACCAGUUCAACUGAUAACAAUGACGACGACGACGAAGCCAUCGGAUGCAACGCAACGUAAACGUCGAGCAACGAAAGAAAACAAUCCAUUCGGUUUGCUGAUUGUGUCUGUUAAGCGGUUGGCACCAGCACUCUCACAGAAAGCCCUUCAAACGUUGCACAACCCGGAACAGCUGACCGAAACAAUCCGAGAGCUUGAAGCUACCCAACGCCAACCCGUUCGUGAAACGAACCGAUCUUCAUCGACGACGACGACGGUCCUAGCGAAGCGAAGCAUCCCUGGCGCUGAGAAGAAACCUCGGAUUACUUUUGCCAAGUCUCCUAAAAUUAUUGUCACAGCAUGUCCAUCCGAAGAUAGCGGCGCUACUCGCGAUAGCGCUGCUGCUGCACCGCCCAUAGAGGAGAGUAAAUUGUUCGUUAAACCGCAACGAAGUGUAAACAGACGCAAGGAAUUUGGAAUGGUUGGGACCGCUUUGCCGCUACUGUUGGAGGAUGAGGACGAGGAGGGCGACGUUUACGAAUUUCUGUCCUCCAGCCAAACGGUCGAGACGAAGGGGAAAGAGAAGAAAUCUAAAAAACCCAAAACGGCACCACAGCCCAGGGGGAUUAAGAAGGAAAAGGCUGACCCCACGAGGAAACCGGCAGCAGCAGCAAUGAAACCGGCUCGCAUGAAACGAGAAUCAAACAAGCAGAACCGAGGAAAACAGAAAACAAAUCCUUUCGGCUGCAAUACGAAGGAUAUAGCCAAGGUGGUGAAGAAGAUCGGUGGUGGUCCGGUGAAAACCGAUCACCAGCCCGUGGACUACGUCGUCAAUCUGGACAUCGAGGACUUUUUCCACGAACCACCAUUCCGUGCCGGUCGAUCGAAUGACAUUCCACUGCAGGAUGAUGACUCGUACGAGCCUCCGAUGCGUGCUCGAUCACCGAAACGGGCCACCAAUCCGACGCUGGAACGUUUAAGGAAUCCGGCCUCGCUGCCACUACCGCUAACGUCCACACCGGCGGCAACAGCAGCAGGCAACAGCGUAAGAAGCAACGGAACAUCGUUGCUACCACCGGCGACCGCUGUUUCGCCCCUGAACGUGGGCUCACCGUGGCGCUUACAAGAAGAUCACAUCGUACCACCGAGUAGAUAUGUGCCGCGAAAUCGCGAGAUGUUGCCAUCAUACGACAGCCAUCAGAACGUACCAGCACCGCCAGCGAUCGCCAAUGUAACCGAGCGCCGUAAAACGGACCCGAAAGCAUCGCUACCACCGGAAGUAGGAACGGUGGUGACAGUAGGAACACCACCGCAACCACCACGGCCAUCACUGACGAAGAAUGGUCUGUCCCCGGAGGAGGUACUAAGUGAAGCGAACUUCCGCGAAAUGGAACGAAUGUACAACGAACUGAAGGCGACCAGUGCCAUGAGCGAGAAGCUGAUUGGAGUGAUGCGAAAGUACAAAAAUAACAUGCGUCAUCCAGCAGGCUCGUCAACCGAUACCGCCCGUCAGUACGAAGGCAACAUGCGAGAAGCGUGCCAAAAGCUGCGCCAAUGGUAUGCGCGAUCGAUGCAAUCAUUUAACCGCUCCAUGCACAUCAUCAACCAAAUACAGCGCGGUGUAACGGUGGCCGGAAGGGCGGCAGCCUGCCCUUCCCCACUGUCCCAGGCGCAGCAGCAAACGGUGGAGAACUUCAAUCAAAGCACGGACCACUUCCGAUCGAUGCUGGAUGAGCUGCGUGAUGCAAUGAACGAUUCGAAUGAUGAGAACCGAUCACCGCCAGGUGGACAACACCCCUUACCGAUCAGUGGCGCCGGCGGCAGUGCUCCAAGUCCUCGAAAUCCAAAGCCAGCGGCCAAGGGGACUAAGGAUGUAAUCGUAAUCCCAGAGCGAGCCCACGUUACAACGAGAAACCCACUCAAGUCAUUAAAUUUCGUUCCAUUACCACAACACGACAAUCCACUCAUGUCACCGCUGGCAAAACCAAUGCCGCCAUCACCUGCACCGCUCCGGCGAGGUUUGCAGUUUGACCAAACCACCCCACGAACCACGGAAACGGUGGAGAGCAAACAAUCAUCGAAGCUUGCGGUGCCUGACGUGAUCAUCUCCAACGCUGAACCAUCACCGGCAAAGCAGACGAGCGUGAUCGGCAUCACAAAUGACGAUGUCGUAAUUGAAGACAGUUGUGACGAAUUUGCCGCCGCCGAUCCGCCGUACGAUGACACACCGGAAGAGAUGGAAAAUGUGCCUCCACCACCGGGCAAUCAUUCCGGGAACCGUAGUGGUAACAGCACAGAGCCUAAGAACGCUCCCGAUGUGGACGAUUUCUUCGGCUUCGAUGAAGAAGCGAUUGAAGAAGAUCUUUCGGAACCACAGAUCACGCUGCCGAUGCCACUGAACAUUUCGGCUGCCACGCUGAAGAAGCGAUUGAACGCGGUAAAGCAAUUGCUUCCCGAGCGACCCAUCUUCCGGGAACGGCCGCUCGAGCGGUCAAGCGGUCCAACCCGGUUACCGACGACGGCGCGUUUACUGCGUGGCGUUUUCACCAGUCCCGACAAACGAUCGACUCGUACGCUGCAUGCCUUUGCUGCUUCGACACCUAGGGCGCUGGAAGUUCCGCCACAAUCCUCCGAUCGUAUGGACUCGAACGGAGCAACGGCAGCAGACGAUCAUCAGCCACCGAAUGUGUCCGCCAUCGAAACCACCCAACCGCCGGAAGCAGUGAAUGACGAUGAAAAUGACCCGCUUCUCGGUUCGGUUGUGCUCUUUGAUGAACCACAGCAGAACACGUUCGAUCGUUCAACACUCCAACGGACGUACACGCGCAUUCCGCGACGAAAGCGAGCGAAGAACAUUUAUCUCGCCAACCUGGGCCUUAGUGACGACGAGGAUGGUACCGUGUCUGACGAUGCUCUUGCGGUGAGCUCCGAUUCGGAUGCGGAAGCACAGGCAGCCAGGAAGAAAAAGGAGAAACAGAAGAAGGAGCGACGCAAAGCACGGAAGAAGCCGGUCGAAGAGACUAAGGAAUUCAAACAGUUUGUCGAGGAGUUCAACAGCAUGUGCGACUGGGUGGAAGGGUACGAGGUGGUCAUCGAGUAGAUGCUGCAGCAGGACUAGGGGAGGAGCGGAAUGUAGUAACGGCCGGAGUUAUCUUGAAUGGAACCCAUGAUGGUAGUUGUACUACGUCAUCGUUUUUUUUUACAAUUUACAUUAGGCUACCCUAUCCUAGUGGCGUUUGGAUAUUUACUUGGGGGAUUCCUUUUAAUACUGAUCGAUCCUUGGAGGAUACUGUUUUUUUUUCAUUCGUUUUCCUAGUUUUUGCUAACCUAAUGAAUUAUAUUUUGAUUAAUAAACAUUUUAUGUGCAAAACGAAACAGGUCAAAUAAAGACAUGUAUUUACUAACAGAG